AAACAGUUAAAAUGUUUCUUGAUCUUAUCUCUUGCAAUUGAAGCAUUGGUGGAGUUAGCACAGUUAUUAAUGCUCCAAUCUAAAGCAACUGCGACUUCCUCGACAAAAUUUUCAAAAUCAGCUCUUCCUGUCAGUAAAUUUUUGCAGUAUAUUCUAGAGACAAGUGUGUUCCCAAGAGAACAUGAAGCCAUGAAAGAGUUGAGAGAGGUCACAGCAAAACAUCCAUGGAACAUCAUGACAACCUCUGCAGACGAGGGACAAUUUUUGAACAUGCUCCCUGAAGUUAUCAAUGCCAAGAAUACCAUGGAAAUUGGUGUCUACACUGGCUACUCCCUUCUUGCCACUGCCCUUGCUCUUCCCGAAGAUAGAAAGUGCCUAGAAUGAGAGGUGUCUUUGGUC